AUUGCAAAAUGUCCUCGUAUGCCUGUGCUGUGUUUCCCGAUGAGAUAGAUUCCUUCGUCGCAAGCCUGCGAUCGUACGAGGUGGAGGACAUAGGCAGCACGGGAUGGAUCGAUCAGCACAACGUACUGGUGAAGCUGUGCCAACAGGCGUACAUCGAAGCCUCGACCAAGCAGGAAGAAGUCGUGAAAGAUCGUCUUGUGCUCGAGGACAAGCUCGCCGUGCUGGUACGGGAAGCAUUCAGUGUGGUGCUGUGGCGCGAGGAAGUCUUACCGCGACUGCUUGCAUUGAAGAAUCCGGACACCACCAUCGUUCUGUAUAGCGUGUUCUAUCACGAGGCGAACAUUGCCUCCCUGCUCGAAACCAUUCUCUACCAUGCGGCCACAGUUGAAGCGUUGGGCAGUGAGGCCACCGAUUUGGUUGACUACUGUGCCGGAGCCAUCGGCCGACUGAUCGGAUUGCUCGCCAAUGGCUACAACGAUCGUGAAGAUGAUCCACCACCGGCCGAGCUGCUGAACGAGUCGACCAAGGAGGAGGUAGUGCGGAUGCAGAGUGGUAUGGAGUUCCGCAUCGGCAUGAAGUGUCUCGUUAUCGCGUCCUAUCUCAUCAAUGAGCUGGAUCGACUUUCAUUCAGUGUCGGUACACGGCUCGUACGAGUUCACGAUUUCCCCUAUCUGCUGGCGGAAGUGCUUCACUCGAAACCCUGGCUGCGACGUAGCCGUUCCGGUGUGUUUGAAAAGUACCGACAAGAUACCUGGACGCAGGUGCACGGAGAAAACGUACUGAUCGUCAGCGAGACCGAAGCGCAAACGUGGUUCGCACUGCACAAACUGCUGUUCAAUGAGCAGUUGAUGCGUUGCUAUAAAAUCAAUAACCAACGGCAGCGUACUACGAUUGGCAAGUGUGUUGAAUUGCUCAAUGAACAGGUUCUCGAUCAGCUGCCAGCGCUGGCCGUACUGAAGCAGCAUCUAUGCACGCUGCAGAUAGCACCACCGGAUGGUGCUGCCUCUAGCGCUCCAGCCUUUCUGCUCGAGGAGCUACCGGAAGUGCGAGACUCACUGGCAAAGCGCAUGCAUCGUACCGGGCUGGAGAAGAUCGUAGAGCGACAGCGUAAAUUGUUUGUCGAUCUGGAACCGCACCAAGUGACCGAGAUGGCCAGUAAGCUGAAUGCAGCGUACAACCUGGAUCGCAUCGAAUCACACCUUCCCGAGGUGAAGCCAGAGGGUAGCACCGGAGCAAGCAAAAUAUGCGGUUCGUGUGGAUCGUCGGCCGUUAAAAAGUGCUCCAAGUGCUUAAAUGUUUACUAUUGCUCUCGCGAGUGUCAGGUACGUGAUUGGCCGGAUCAUAAGGAGUUGUGUCAUCAGCUGAGAAUUAACUAAAUUAAUCGAAGACGAGCAGUAGAGUGUGUUUGGAAAGGGCAAUCCCUUCCUCUCCUUCUUCAUUCCAGG